AUGCAAAAUACAAUUAAGUAGAGAACUUGUAAGCAGAGAAGCUCAGUUCAUAAGAAAGUUUAAUAGAUUAAUUCUGAAAGGUUUUCAUUAUCAAAUAUUAUUAAAAGAUAGACGUAGUCUGAAUAUUGAUAUGAAUAAUUAUACACCUAAGUAACCCUAAUUGGCUGAAAAGACUAUUAAAAAUAUCAACAGAUAUUCCUUUACUGAUCUGAAUGAAUAAGAAAAGAGGGGGUUAAUGAGUACAGUAGCCAUAUUUAUAACAAUAAGCUCUGAUUUUUAUGUUUAGGAUGAUGAUUAAAAUCUUUUCAAAACUUAACAAAUUAUUCGAUAUAAUAAAUUCAACUGCAAAAAUGUUUUCAGCUUUGGAAAACUAAGUUAUUAUUAUAAAUCAACAUAUCUUGAAGUAGUGAUUGAAGAUUUUGUAAUGAUUAUUUAUUUAUUAUUUAAUAUAUUAUAUGAUUUAAGAUUAAUAUCUUUUAUAAAUUAAACAUAAUUAUAUAUUUUUACUUAAAUUAUUCAGGUCUCUAUUUUCAUUAUAUAUAGUACUAUUUCUUAAUUUAAUCCUAGAAUAUAUAUAAUCAUUUAAAUAACCUCACAGCAUAGAAAACUUAUCAAACUAUAUUUAAUACAAAAGACAAAUAUAGUUUCAUAAGUUAUUUAAUUAAAAUAGGAUUGCAACAUUUCAGAGUUGAUGUUUGCUCAGCACAAUCUUAAUUAUUUUUAUGAAUCAAAAACUAUCUCUUAAAUUAAGGAAUUGAAUAGGACUUUUAAAUUCCAAUAAAUUAUACAAUUAAAGAAGUUAAGAUCAAUAUCAAUCAGGUAUUUAAAUCAAUCAAACUUAGAUUAUUAAUAAUUGAUUUGAAUGUGAAACUUAAAUCAAAGAUAGAAAGAGGAGGUGUUGUAAUUUAUAUUUUAAUAAAUUUAGUAUCUUUUAUAUAAAGACAAUGUAUAAACUAGAGGAUGA